AUGCUAAAGUUCAAACCAUUUUAAGUACAAUAGGAAGACUAUAUCAAUUUUAAUUUAAUCAAUUUACUCUAUUUUGAGACCUUUCAUUUAUAAAUGGCAAAUAAAUUAUUUAGAUUGGAAAAUGAAAUGAUUCUUUGCAAAUUAUUUUUUUGA